AUGCUACGAAAAGACACAGUUAUGGUGCUAUACUUGCUGAUAUACCAGAUCAAGAUUACGAUAUUGAUGAUCCUAAUAGUGGCUAUGCAUUGCCUAAAGCUCAAUUAUACACAGUUAUCUCAAGUUUUAUUUUUGGGUUCAUUCUUGGCAGCAUUGGAUGGUACAGUGGUUACAACUUUAUUAACCAUGAUAGCUUUCAGAUUUUGUAUGCUGUGUCAAACAUCUCCCUGGAUUUGCAACUGCAUAUUUAUUUAUCUUCAGCAGCUUUUCCAACCUAUUUUUUGGGUAAGUUGGUCUGAUAUCUUUGGUAUAAGAAAUUUUGUUGCUUUGGAUUGCAGUGCUGUUUUUAUGGAAUUGGGUUGGUGCCAUUUGGUGGGGGGUUGCCUAACUCAUCUUCCUCGUUAUGGGUUU